GCUACACUUUGCAUCCACGUGUGCACCAGAAUCAUACGGACAUCUUAUCGGCGGAUCCCAACUUUUGCUCUUAGACUUACCGGGUCUCACGCAUACUCCCCUGUUGUUUUAUCUAAAACCCGCAGCCGACAGUUCAGCCUAAUUUGGUUGGUAAUUAGAUCUUUUAUUUUUUUAAAUCCAUUUUAAUUUUUAAACUAUUGACUCUAUUAAAUUUUAAAACCGAAAUUUCAAAAAUGCACCGGAACGCCUUCGGCGAACCUUUAAUCUCUCAAUUCUUGUCUUAAUUUACUUAUUUGUCAUUUUUAAUAUUAAGUAAAGUAUCUAAAUUCAAAAUUAAUCCACCCAAAAGGAAUAAAAUGCUUCAAUUCAACAUUUUUAAACCUCUCGUUGGUAAAAAAAACUCCCACUUUUCCCUCUCAUUUUCUCCUUAUAAUCAAAUCAAGUAAGCAUUUUUAGUUCAAUUUUGUUUUCUCUUUUUAUGUCUCUAUAUUUCCAUUUUGAAGUGGUCUCUUGUUUUUGAAGCAUCUAAGACUUACACUUUAAGCUUAUCUUAAUUUUCCAUUUCUUUAAUCUCCUUUUCAACCAGCUUUCAGAUCUACUGCUUCUGUUUAUACAGCAAACCCCACUUUUUAUACUAAUUCUAGGUUUCUAAAAGUUCCAAAAAAGAAGAAAAAAUCAACUCAUUUAUUUGCUUUGAUGCUCUUAUUCAUUGACAAAAUUGAAGAUCGAAUCUUUCUGAUUUGAUUGAGGUGAUUUCAUUUCUUAAUCUUGAUUUUGAUUAAUUGGUAUGUUUUAAUUCAUGCAUUUUUGCUUCAAAGUCUUAGCUUGGAUGUUAUUCAUAUACCUAAAAAAGAGGCUUUGGUUCUGUUACAGAACAUCUUUGCUACUGUUUGGUGCUUUUCCCUUCACUUGAUUAUUUUCUGGGGUUUUGAGCAUUUUGCUCAGGGAAUUUGAUUUCCAUGAAAAACCCUAGAAAAAAUGGCAGCUUUCACUCAGGAAGGGUGUUUAGUGAUAGAAAAUGGUUCAUUCCAUUCUUAACAAGCUUGCUUGUGUUUUUAACUUUGUUGUUAUCAACUAGUUUUAGGGUAUUUACCUCCUCUUAUGGUGAAGAUCAAUUGUCAUUAGACAUUAAUUCUUUUUCAAGGUCAGAGGAUUCGACCGGGUAUUUUGUAGAAUCAGAAUUCAAAAAAAAAUCCAAUGCUUUUAGUGAUUUGAAAUUGGAAGCGCCUAGAUUAGCUUAUCUCAUUUCGGGGACUAAGGGCGAUAGUCGUAGAAUGAUGAGAACUUUGCAAGCAGUGUAUCAUCCGAGGAAUCAGUAUAUUUUACAUCUUGAUCUUGAGGCGCCUCCUCGUGAAAGGUUGGAGUUGGGAAUGUCUGUGAAGAAUGAUUCUACUUUCCUUGAAGUUGGGAAUGUUCGUGUAAUGGCACAGUCGAAUUUGGUGACCUAUAAGGGACCAACUAUGAUAGCAUGUACACUUCAAGCAAUUGCAAUUAUGUUGAGGGAGAGUGUCGAGUGGGACUGGUUUAUCAACCUCAGUGCCUCGGAUUAUCCUCUUGUGACACAAGAUGAUAUGCUUCACGUUUUCUCAAAUUUGUCAAGAAGUCUAAAUUUCAUUGAACAUAUGCAGAUUACUGGAUGGAAGCUGAAUCAGAGGGCAAAACCAAUUAUUAUUGAUCCAGGCCUUUACUUAUCAAAGAAAUCCGACCUUGCUUUGACUUCUCAACGUAGAUCGCUCCCCUCAUCUUUCAAGUUGUUUACUGGGUCAGCGUGGGUGAUGCUAACCCGAUCUUUUAUAGAAUACAGUAUAAUGGGAUGGGAUAAUCUCCCACGAACUCUCCUGAUGUACUAUACAAAUUUCAUCUCCUCUCCUGAAGGAUACUUUCAUACACUUAUUUGCAACACUGAAGAAUUCAGAAAUACAGCAAUAAGCCAUGAUCUUCAUUACAUUGCUUGGGACACUCCUCCAAAGCAGCAUCCCAUCUCUUUAACCAUGAAAGACUUUGACAAAAUGGUUAUGAGUAAGGCUCCAUUUGCUCGAAAAUUUGCUAGAGAUGAUCCAGUUUUAGACAAGAUUGACAAAGAGCUUCUAGGCCGCACCAUCCGGUUUUCACCUGGAGCAUGGUGUAUUGGCAGCUCGGAUAAUGGUUCUGAUCCGUGCUCUGUGCGUGGAAAUUACUCGGAAUUCAGACCUGGCCCUGGUGCGGAGAGGUUGCAACAAUUGUUUCAGACAUUGUUAUCUGAAGACAAUUUAAGAAAGCAAUGUUCAUGAUAAAGUUGAAUUUUGAUAAACUCAAAGUGUACAUUGGUGUAUCCAUAGAUUAUACAGUAGAACUAGAGUGAUUUUUUUUUUCCAUUUGCCCUCCAUUGUAUCGAUUGAAACAUCAAAGUUUUUAAAGAAAUUUUUUUGCUGAGAUA